CGUUGCACCGCGGGGAGUGAUGGCCGCGUCCCGGCGCGCAUUCGGGCCACGCUCGUUGCGCCGCCACGCGCCUCCUCCUCCCCCCCCGCCCGAGUGAAGAGCGACUCGGCUGGUCGUCGUCGUCGUCGUCACCACACGGUGCGGCCCACACGGCGCGGGCCUCCGAGGCGGACUCGUUCACAUCUAGCGUCAACACCCCGGGAGGAGGACGAGGAGCGGGGUGGUUGCCUCCUGACGGACCGCGACUCGUUGCUUUUCUUUCCACAUUUUAUUCAUUUGCUACGCUCUGCCACCGAGCGAAGAGCCUCAUUCUCCCUGACGGGUUAUCACUGUUGUGUUUUUUUAAUAUCAUAAUUAUUUUGUAGAAUAAGUGAGAGGCCGAGGAUUGGUGUUGGUGGUGGUGGUGGUUCGGGCGAGGGAUGCGAGAUACCUCCGGUGGCUUCUGCUGCUGCUGCUUCUGCUGAAGGUUCCCCGCGUCCUGAGCCGAGUAGCAGCCUUUAUUCCAGCAUGCUGGAAGAAAAGGGCCCCCGUGUGGCAGACUACUUUGUGCUGGCCGGCCUGACGGACACGUCGCGGCCCCUGGAGGAGGAGAUGAGCCAAUCGGACGGGGGACCGCGCACCGCCCGGCCGAAGGCGCCCAUCACGGAUGUGGCCGUCAUCGUGAAGUCACACGGCGAGGAGGUGCCGCAGGGCUUCACGUGCAUCGAGAGCACGCCGCUGGGCCUGCCCGCCGACCUCAACCACGGCAGCCUCAAGAGUCCACAGAUCUACUUGUGCUACCGCAGGGGCAGAGACAAAGCUCCGCUCACCGACCUUGGGGUCCUGUACGAGUGGAAGGACCGACUGAGGCCGGGCUGCGAGCUUGUCGAGACCACCCCGUACGGACGCUGCGCCAACGUAAACAACAGCAGCGCCGUGUCCCAGCGCAUUCUGCUCACGUUCCGUCGCGCCACCGACCAGAACACCCAGAACACGCUGGCCGUCACCGACAUAUGUGUCAUUGUGGCGAACAAGGGGGAGAGUCCACCGCACACCUUCUGCAAGGUUGACCGCAACCUGAACUCUGGCAUGUGGGGCUCAGAUGUUUACCUCUGUUAUAAGAAGUCUCUGGUGAAGUCAAAUGCCAUUGCUUACAAAGCUGGGCUCAUCAGCAGGUACCCCGUCGGAGACUACGAGUCGUUCCAGCUGCCAGAGUCGGUUCCGCUCUUCUGCCUCCCCCUGGGUGCCACCAUUGAAUGCUGGCAGGCCAACACCAAGUACCCCAUGCCCAUCUUCUCCACGUUUGUGCUCACUGGCUCCUCUGCUGAGAAGGUCUACGGUGCCGCAAUCCAGUUCUUCGAAGCGUACCCGGGCGAGCGCCUGACAGAUCGCCAGAAAACGCAGCUGGGGAUGCUGAGCGCCGUGGACCACAAGCCCAUUGCUGGCAAGGUGGCACAUGCCAGCAAGAGCAUCUGCCUGCUGUCGCACUGGCCCUUCUUUGAAGCGUUUCACAAGUUCCUGCUCUUCCUGUAUCGCCUCUCCGUGUCUGGACCCAACCUCAUCCCCAUCGAGAAACACAUUUCCCACUUCAUGCACAACACGCCGUUUCCGUCGCCCCAGAGACCUCGCAUCUUAGUGCAGCUCUCUCCACACGAUUCUCUCACGCUCUCUCAGCCUGCAUCCUCUCCUCUGCCUCUCAGCGGAGCCAGCUUCUCCAUGCUGCUCGUGAACCUGGGUCCCGAGCACCUGCUCGCCCUCCUGCACGCGGCGCUCAUGGAGAACAAGAUCCUCAUCCACUCGUUGCGCCCAGCCAUCCAGACCAGCGUGGCCGAGGCCCUCGUGUCGGUUAUCUUUCCGUUCCACUGGCAGUGCCCGUACGUCCCACUGUGCCCGCUCGCGCUGGCCACCGUGCUGAACGCGCCGUUCCCCUUCAUUGUGGGGGUCGACUCGCGCUACUUCGAGCUGUACGACCCCCCGCUGGACAUCGUCAGCGUUGACCUCGACACCAACACCAUAUUUCAGAAUGAGGAGAAGAAGGGCACAAGCUGGAAGGCCUUGCCAAAGAAGCCCUGUAAGAUCCUGCUGGCCGGGCUGACUCGUCUCUACCAGGAGCUACAGAUGCAGCAGCAGAGGAAGGAUGACUCGCUGACGGACGUGGCGGGCGUGCGCUGCCGGAGUGCACACACCCUGGAGGUGGAGAUCCAGGAGGCGUUCCUGCGCUUCAUGGCCUCCAUCCUCAAGGGCUACCGCUCUUACCUGCGCCCCAUCACGCAGGCACCCUCCGAGAAGGCCACGGACGCGAGCUCGCUCUUUGACCUGCAAGGGUUUCUGAAGAGCCGUGACCGGUCCUAUCACAAGUUUUACACUCAGCUGACCAAAACGCAAAUGUUCAUCCGCUUCAUCGAGGAAUGCUCCUUUGCUGGUGAUAAGAAUGCCAGCCUUGCAUUCUUUGACGACUGCGUUGAAAAGGUCGACGUAGAGCACGGCGAGGAGACGCGGCUCGUCGAGUUUGACGAGUCGCUGCGCGGCGAGCACACGGUGCUCGUCAUGCCGCCCGAGCCGCCCCCGGCCCCGUCGGGCCCCAACUCGGAGCCGCUCGCCUCCUACAGCUACGACGGUUUUCCCGCGCUGCAGCCCGAGCUGCUGGAGAGGCCCAACGGGGGCGCUGCGUACCCGCCGAGCCAGGCGGCUCCCAGGGCCGCCGGGGUCCCCGGUAGUCCCGCACUCGUCACGCGCAGGACUCAGCAGGAGAUCAAGCUUGCGCAGAAACUCGCUCGCAAGUUCUCGGCGGUGCCCAACCUGUGGGCAAUGUGCCUCUUGGGCAACUGCUACAGCCUGUGGUUCAUCUGCCUGCCGGCAUACGCGAAGGCGCGCCACUCCAAGCUGCGCGUGCUGGAGACGGCCUACUCCGUGCUGCUGCGCAUGCAGGAGCACCGCCUCGAGUGCCCCGACGAGGUUUGCUACCGCGUUUUGAUGCAGGUGUGUGGACAGUACGGGCGCCCUGUCCUUGCCGUGAAGGUGCUGUUUGAAAUGAAGAAGGCCGGGAUUCAUCCGAAUGCCAUCACCUAUGGCUACUACAACAAGGCCUUGUUGGAGAGCACGUGGCCAGGCGGCAACCGCGGAGGGUACUGCCUCUGGGUCCGCCUCCGCAACGUUGUGCGCGCCGUCGCGUGCUUCCGCCAGGGCAUCAAGCACCCUCGCCGACGGUCCUUCUCCAGCGUCUGUGACGAAGCCGGGCAGGACAACAGCAGCCACGGGAGUACGGAGAGUUCUGGUGACAUCCCUCCGUCUGGACAACUGCCGGCCAACUCGAAGGAGAGGCCCAUCACAUACGUCGGUGACAUCGCUGAAGUUGCAGAGCUGUCAACACAUGUCGGCCAUGUGGCAGAAGAUUCUGUGUUUGUAGAGCCCACAGUUCCGGGCACGGACGGACACAAACACCUUGGCAAUGGAGUGAAACGAGAUCAAAAACCCAGCUCCACCAAGAACCGGACAGAAAGCCUCAAACUCAGCCGCUCUUAUUCUGACAUUGAGGACAAGCGAGCGGGAAGCACUCACCGUGAAAAUAUUCACCCUUCCCAUGACAAAGGACUCGGCGGCAGCGGAGAAAAUUGGCGCGGAAGUUCAGAAACUGUGGACAGUUCCGAUGUGGAGUUUUCCCGGCGUGAGAACACGAGACACAAGCGUACGAGUUCAAUGCCCCGGCCCGUCCUGCGGACGAGCGUCUCCGUGGGCUGUGACCCCCUCUCGCUGCUUGCGGCCGAACAGGAGGACAGGUCCGUCGAUGGGCGCUCACGGCUGCCUAAGGCCAUGCGGAGGCUCACGGAGGACCUGCACGACCUUCAGCUGUCGGCCGGGAAAAGCGGCAGUGACGGCAAGGCGUCGGCACAUUCUCGCGCUCGCCGCGGCCUCUUUCGGCGGCUCAGCAUGCCGUACCUCUCCCACCAGACCCCGAGCUCCCCGGAAACGCAGGCGGCGGUGGCUCGCUCGCGCACACUGCACACGCUGCCUCCCAGCAUGGAAGGGUCGCGAGGACGUCUGCAGUCUGUGCCCUGCUCGGCGACGGGCAGCGCCGGAGCGAGCUCGCUGCCCGGCACGCCGCAGUGGGGCACAGCGCGCUUGGACGCCCUCAAACAGGCGGCCAGUGGGAUGGCCGGAGUGGCCAGCAAGCUGUACAAUAGGAUCGGGACCCUGGGCACACCGACCAAGGACGACGGAAAGGCAACAGACAGCGCAGAGCGGCGCUCCGUGACGGACUCGGAUGCGGCAGAGGACGAGGAGGAGGUGCGCGACCAGGCAUCCAGGUCCAACAUUCCGCAGAUCGUCUCCAAUGGACUGGGCCAGAGCUGCAGCAGCCUUGCCAGCAUGGCCAGCACGGACGGAGGCAGGGCUCCCUCCAGCAUCGGGAGUUUUCCAUCGACCAGAAAUAUACCGGUUCUGACUGUGGACAGGGCAGAGCCUGGGUCCCCUCACUAUGCCAGCAGCUGCAGCAUCAGCCAGAGGCCCGACGUUGAGGUGCGCAUUUCCAGCUGCUCGCAGUGCCACACGUGCGAGGGUUUGGUGUACGACGAGCAGAUCAUGGCCGGAUGGACAGCCGACGACUCCAACCUGAACACGGCCUGUCCCUUCUGCAACGCCACCUUCGUGCCGUGUCUCAGCAUAGAGAUCAGCGACCGCAGGAGCUGCGGGAAAAGCAGUAGCGAGUGGGAGCUGGAACAAGCGGGCAGUGCAGGACCGCCUCGCAGCAACGAGCUCAUGCCACCCGUCACCCCCACGCUCACCCGCAGCGCCAGCACCAACACUCCGCUCACCGAGGGCAAGCCGGAGACGGAGAGCGCCGCACCUGGCCUCGCGCACAUCCACGCCGUCCCCACAGGCAGCCUGCCCAAUAUCUUCCACAGACGAAUGGCCGACAGCUCGAGUGAAGAGGGCCUCACGGCAGCGACUGCAGCAGCGGACGCGACAGGGCCCCUGUCGGUGCCAUACCUCUCCCCGAUGGUUCUGCGCAAGGAGCUGGAACGGCUGAUGGAGGAUGAGGGCGAUCGCACGGUGUGCUCCGUCGCGUUAUUGCAGCAGCAUCCCAUCCUCUUCUGGAACCUGCUGUGGUACUUCCAGCGCCUGAAGCUGCCCAGCCACCUGCCCGCGCUACUGCUGCUGUCACGGCUCGGCCACUCCGGCGCACAGACUCCGCAGAGCGGGGGUCCGCGGGAGGGAAAGCGCGUGCUGGUGCACACGCUCUGGGACAACCGCAAGCUGCACAAGGACCUGGAGCAACCGCUCUAUGUCCUGUGGGACACCCUCGUGUCUGCGGAAGGUUCGUCAGCCCCAGACGUCGAGCCCCCCGCGGCCCCCGUUGCCAGCCCCGGCCCUGGCUCGGGCAAUGCCUCGCCCGGCAAGGCGGGCCAAAACCCCGGCAAGCUGAACCUGAGCCGCAAUGACCUGGAGCGCAUGGAGAAGCACAUCAAGGGCAACGACGUUUACAGCCCCAUCUGCCAGCUGCUGGACGCCUGGAGCCACCGCAACCGCAACCUGCGCAGACACAGGAGCCUAUACCGAGAGCUGCUGUUCUUCUCACUGGUGUCCAUGGGAGCUGAGAAUGUUGACAUAAAUGUCUUCGAUCAGGAGUACCGUCGGGAACACGAGCGCAUCACGACCAACGGAGGGCGGCUACUGAACUACGACCUCCCGCCCAGCGCCGCAGCUUCCUCGUGCCGCCAGGCCUUUGGGGAACUGCGACUCUAGCAGAGGACAAGCGCGGCGAGCGCUCGCACGCACCCAUCCACUGCGCUCGGGCAUGCACACGUGCGACAAAGAGAGGUGUGUUCCGAGUAGGGUUGGUGAAUUCACAUUAGUGUUAGUUGGUCCUGCUUUCUUCGUCACUUACAAAUGAGGAAUAUGUUCACGGGGCUGGUGUCCUUGUCAACAAGCUUUCUAGCACAUCUUGCACAAGCGCACACGGUGGGGGCAUUUAAAAUGAUUUGGUACUUGAACUGUCACUAUAUUUGCAAAGGGGAGAUGUGUUGAGCAGCAGAAAAAGAAAGCCCUGUGGAUUCACCAAGUAUAUUAUAACUCGUAGAACUUACAGGUAAUUGAUCAAAUGUAAUGUGUUCAUGUGGCUCUGCCACAUGGACAAAUAACCUAAAAAUAUAUUGUUUCCACAGAUUAGCAGAAGCGAUACGUCCCUCGAAGGUUAACUUUCUCAUUUUAUGACGUUCACAUUUUCAGAGGAUGCCAGUAGGAAUUGCAAAUUGUCCAUAAAGCUGAAGUCUGUUUUUAAAUAAUUAUAAUUAGACAGCAGUUUGAACCCGGUCAAUAAAACUAUACAUACACACUCAGUAGGAUCAUCCCUCUGAACCCCUCCAUAUGCCCAUCAUGGCAUUGGCGCCACAAGCAUCAGAUCAAGAUUUGAGAAAGUCCCAGGUGUUUGCAAACAUUUUGAGUGUAAUUGUUUAGAACACUUUUAUUGAAGGUCACUCGAGCUUUUCACAUCACGUCCAAAAUCAAAGAAGCGUUGUCCAACUUCUGCCCAAUUAUAUCAGUCUUUGAUAAUGGAUGAUGGCGUUUUCAUGUGCAUCCCGGGUACUGGUUCAUAAAGCUGUGAUUCUUGUAUUGUGAUCACUUGGCAAAAUGUGCCCACCCAGCUUGUCCCGAAGGCUUGGCAUAAUUUACGGUCCAUUCGGGUUUUAUUUACGCCAGAGACUUGUUUUUGUGCGAGCGUGUCCCGAGAGCCAGGUGUGAAGUGUGAGGAGUGGGUCCACCCCUCUUGCACUUUGAGGUGUACAAUUGAAAUAUCUUUUUUUAUUUAGAAAGUGAUCACUUGUACAGCAGUAAAACUUAGUGUUGCAUAUAUUAAAAAAAAAAUCUAAAACCCUGCCCUAACUGUGCAAGAUAAAAAAAAAACAGUUGUACAGAUUGUUGUGAUAUUUUGAAGCCCGUGGAAGAUUUGGAGCAUUAGCAAUGAUAACUUUGAUUUUCGUUGGUUUAGUUGAACGCGUGGCACAGAACUUACGUUGGGGAAGGAUAAAUUAUCAAAGGGAGUAAUGUUACUUUGAUACGGAUGGGGAGCACAAGAAACAAUUGGCCGAUACUGCAGCGUGUCAUGGUUUAUUAAUGACUAUAUCGGUUGUCAUUGGCAAUUGAGAAUUUAUUUGUCUACAUUAAAAGGAGGUCAUCAUUUCUAUGUGGUCAUCCAAGGUAGUGUGUCGUAAGUACUUAUUGCAUUAACCUAUUUGAAGAUGCACACUUAUCAUCACAAGCAGCCUUAUAUGUUUGGUUUAUUUUCAUUUUAACAAAAAGCGUUGGUUUUAAAUAGUAGUUUCAUUCACAAUGUUAUAAUAGUGAUCGAGUGUCCAGUCUACGACACAUGUAUAGAGAAGGUACUUUAUUUUUCACAUGGAAGUUCAGAUGCAACAUUGGUACAAUUGUACUCUUUAAGUAUAUGCAUUUAACGUCAUGUAUUGUAACUUGAACGUUAGUUUUUCGAUUGCAAUACACAAUAUCUCUGUAAAUGUUUUGUAUGACUAAAUGUGGAUAAAUCAUCUGUACAAAAUUCUAAAAUUAAGAGAGAAACAUUUUCGUCUAGGUUGCAUUAUAGACUGACUCAACUCUGGACAUGAUAACAACAGUAUGUUCUUUUAUUUUUUCCCUCGGCACAGUGAAAUAUUUGACACAAGUAUAUGCUGCUAUAAUUGUUCAAUGCUUUUAGUAAGACGAAGACUGCUGCGUACUUGAGACAGCAGUUGAUGAGCUAAUGGACAGCGCUGUUGUGAUGAGAAUUGAUACAAAUGGCUUUCUGAACACAGAACACCCCCCCCCCCCCCACCUUUGUUUAAGGCCAUCUCUCAAGCUGCAGGUAAAUUUCCCACGUGGGCCUUGCUGUCUUGACAUUCUCGUUGCGAGCGGACACUUGUUCAAUGGCACGGUGGUGCACUUAAUUUGGCUUCCUCUGUUGUGUCGGACCCUGUGUACGCAGUGACAUAUCUCCCUUCCUACACGUACCAUCCCUAGCAAGUGUGACUAUGCUUACCACAAUCUCAAGGGUGGGGAGAGGUGCAGUGGGGUUUGUUAAUUCAUGCUCAUUAUUUGGUGUACAGGGUAAAAUAGCAGUGGAGAUGUCCUGUCAAGCAUUCACUUUUCCGUAAUUUGCAAUGAAGCACUGUUGAUCAAUGGAGAUCGCGCUAUAAUCCAGGUGAUGGAAAUCAUUAAAACAAUUACAGUCCGUUUUUUCGGUUCUGGAUGUGGCGGCGAGUGUACUCGAGGCUGUUGUAAGUGGAGGCUUCUUUCGGCUAGGCAACGGUCCCCCGUGCACGUUGUUACGUGUCUCCACUUCUCGUUAUUAAGACCAUAUGACACGGCAAUACAGCUUGGCGCACGCCCUCUGUUCCCACGUGGCUAGCAAAGGGAUUUGCACGUCUUGGUCGUGCUGUGGAAGACUGACAUUUCACCUGCAAAGCGAUAUCACACGAGAGCACUAUUGUGCAGCGGCAGAGGGAAAGGGUGGAGGCGCAGGGGGGGGAUGCAACGGGAGUGAAUCCGUCAUACGUUGACCGCUGAUGUGUGUACAUACAGAAGAUCAUAAAGGGCGCGCAGUGAUGCUUCAUAUUUCUCACCAUGGAGUGACUCGGAGGAGCAUCGUUUAAAUGACGUGCAACUGCGUGAAGACCCAGGGCCAAUGUUGACUGGUGUCUGAUAGUUGCACUGAUGUGAACCAGACCGUUGAUCAUCAAAGGCACUUAUUAAAAAGACUUAAGGAUGGCAUAAAGGAGACUUUUCAUUGCUUCUUCAGACUUGCGAAAAGUGCAAUACCCUUGUGAGGAAUAAAGCUAUAUUUUGUUACAGUCCGGAACACCCGUGUUUUAUUAGCUUGUGUAGACCAGACGUUAUAUUCGUACCGUAGCAAUACCCAAUGUGAGUGCGAGGUUCGUACCGACCUGAAGCAUGAAGUAGUAUUUUUAUUGUCGCUUAAUUUGUCUGUUUUGCUAUUUGUGUUGCAAUUAUGCCGCAAUCAGGCUGCCCGCAUUUUUAUUUAAACACGUGAAUUUCAUUCUCAGCAGCGCAUAAAGCUUGCAAGUUAAAUGUAGUUGUGUUUUUUCCCUUUAACUCUGCUGAAAUCAAACACGGCCACCUGCGCUGGUCUUCCAUCUCUCGCUCGGUCAUUUGUUAACCGUUCUCUCAAAUGAUUUUCACAUUUGUCAAUAAGUGGAAGGCAUAUUGUUACACGUUCAUUUAGUUCUAUGUAGCACAGCAGGACCAAAUACACAUUUAUCAAUCGAAUUUGUUGCUGCAUUUCACCUAAUGUACGUUUGUAACGUAGCAUGUAUAGACGCGCGUGUGUGUGUGUACGCACGCGUAUUCAGUUGAUUAAACUUGUGUAGAGCUUAGGGAGAUGUGACCACUAUUUUGUUGCAUUCCACUAACUGUGCUUGGUUUUUCUACCUGAUAUGUCAUGCUUAGGGGGGGGGGGGGUGAGGGCAGUUUCGCUCUUGAAGGUGAGAUUUAAACAUAGUGAAUGGAAUCCCCUAGGCAUCACAUACAAUGGUGACUGCAGUACAAAUUGCACUUGUCGAUGGCUUCUCUGUACAGCUUGUCGUGUCCAUUUUUGAACCGACACGUGGCGGGUUUGAUAACUUGAAAUGCUUUGUCUUGAGUUUUAAUAAAGCCAAAACAGUAAUUGCGCAUACAUUC